AUGUCUAAGAUUACUGAAAAUGUCGAUUGUUCUUGCGGGUAUAGAGUCGUGAGUCAAACUUCAUGGAAGUAUCCCAACUAUGGAAGAAGAUUUUUCUUCUGUUCUAACUGGAAUGUAGGGAAAGGAUGUAACUACUUUGAUUGGGCUGAGCCACCUAUGUGUCAUCGGUCUCAACAAAUUAUCCCAGGCUUACUGAACAGAGUGAAUGAAAAAAGAAAUGAAAUCAAAAUGAUGCAAGUGGAAAUUGAGAAGAUGCAAGUCGAAAUUACUAAGCUUUCUAAUUUGAUCGAAAAAAACAAGAUUCUGAAAGCACAAGUCAACAAUUUGAAAAAAGCGAAGAAAAGGUCAAAAAUGUAUUGUGUAUUGUUGUUGGUACUUCUUAUUUUCACUUUGUUGUUCUGCACUGGGGAUAGAAUGCCUCAAGGGACAUGCAUGAAAAUGUUGGUUUGAUGUGUAAUGCUAGUAGUUGUAGUACUUAUUUCAGGGUGUAAUGGCUGUAGU